CUUGUUUUCCCACGUUGUCGUGCUCCAGUCCCUCUCCCUUGUUCCCUUGUUUUUGAGAUAAAAGCCAUGCUUUCGUAUCGACUAUUUUUUACAAAAUCCACAUUUCCCGGAGAGAAAAAAAAUAAUAAGUAUUUGCUUUACGCAACAUGAGAUGAUUUUUUCUUUUUUUUUCUUGUUGUGACAUUGUUGUUUAUUUACGUUUAAGUGUGACUUUUAUUUUUUACAAUGUGGUCCGAAGAAGAUGCCGAAAUUUGCUCAAUCGGCAUGACCAUGCAACCGUCCGUUAGUGCCUCUAGUGGAAUCUCUCAGUUGAGUCAGUGCACUCAGCUAGGGGAGCUUCCCGAAUUACCUGCGCCCGACGAGCAACGUCUUCAGAAGGCCGCCCUACUUCUUCAGCAGAGGCUCGUGCUGCGACAGUGGUUGACCAAGUUUAGUCUUCAGCAUUACUAUUCACGAUUACUGGCUUUGGAGGUUUUCAGUCUGGAAGACGUUUAUUGGUUGGAGGAUAAUAAGGCAAGGCCGUUGUUUAGCAAGGAUUUUUCCCGUUGGAGCGGAGCGCGCCAAUCCCUGCCAACAUCCAAGCCAAGGUUGGAGACCCUGAAGAACGAUCUGUGGUCGGAAGUUGUCAAGAGUAGCAAUCACCAAGACGCCUGGACAUGGGGUGGCAUGCUCGUUGUUUCAGUUUCCGUUGCCGGUUUGGUAACGUUGGCAGCCAUGACUCAGCCUUCGCUUGCACCAGAAGCAAAACAUUCCUUACUGCAAUACGUCACUGGAAAAUAUCUAUUGCCCUCCAAUUGUAAAGUUAAUUUUCAAUGGUCGGACCCCCACCCCGUAGGUUCAACAGUGUGUUUCUCUGUGCAGUUUUACCAACGUAACGGACAGCCUUAUCCAAUCUGUGAUACCGACAAUUUUAUUGUGGAUGUUUCCGAGGGCCCUAGAAAGAUCGCUGUUAUAAGCGAGUUGGGCUCCCCAACGGAUCCGAACAGCGCAAACUUAGCAAAAGUUAAAUUUAUGGUUAGACAUGCAGGACAAUACAGAAUAACAGUUAUGGUGGGCAACCAACACGUUGCCGGAAGCCCUUUUAUGAGAGGUUUUGUAGCUGGUUCACCAUACGCCCAAAGGACAAUAGUCAUAAGACACUGUAGCACUGUGGUGUGCACCGCAAAUAUACCGCACCUUUUAUACAUUGAACCACGUGAUGAAUAUAGCAAUAUUUGCAACUUUAAUUUGAACGAUAAUCCCACAAAGAAUUACACAGUGGAGAUUUGUCAGCUGGGAACCUGCUCUCAGGAUUCCAACUUGGACAUAAUCGAGGAAAACUUCUCCACCACUCUGGACUACGACUGGCAAACGCAACGAGUCAGCAUCCAACUAAAGUUUUUGAACGAAGGCUGCUAUCACGCCACCAUCAAAUACAAUAAUACCGAGCUGCAUAACGGCGAUUUCGAUAUUAUAGUGUUAAAUAGCGUGGACUCGACUUUAGUACAUCGAAACGUGGCGUCGAAAAAUCACAACGUUUGCUAUGAAGCCAAACUGAUCAGCGUUAACGGCGAACGAAUUCCGAAAGUAAAAAAAGUUCUUUGUUACGUCUCGCCCAAGCAGUUGAUCGUAAAGGAACUCAUCUUAAAGUUUAUACCGAAGAGGCUUUAUACGUUUCGAUUAUGUCCAUCAACAAAGUUUAACUUUCAAUCGGAUACAAUACCAAAACUAGGCGAUAAUUUUAGCAGCUCUUUUACUGUGGACGACGGUUGUCAACCGAAAAUAGAAUUAAUGAGUAAGGAACGUAACGUUAUAGCAGCUACAUUCGCGCAGUUUUUGCUUAAAAAUAUGGGCGGAUCUGAAACAUUUAAAGAUAAGCAGGAUUUCUUUCAUCACGAAGUUAGAAAAUAUCAUCAAAAACACUAUCACGAAAAAUUGUCGAUGAAAGUUAACAGAGAAAAAUUACUUGAAAGCAGUAUGAAGGCAACUAAAAAUUUAUCGGUUUCUGAUUGGUGUCGAAAUUUUGAAAUUACCUUUCAAGGAGAACAAGGCAUUGAUUGGGGAGGCCUGAGGCGCGAAUGGUUCGAACUAAUCUGCGCACAGCUUUUCGAUGCCAAAAACCACCUAUUUGCCAGUUUUCAUGAAGGUCAACAAUCUCUAGUCCAUCCAAAUCCACGAAGACCACAACAUUUAAAGCUGCGACACUACGAAUUUGCAGGCAAAGUUGUGGGAAAAUGUCUGUAUGAAAGCGCACUGAGCAGCUCAUACAGGCAACUGGUACGAGCUCGAUUUACCAGGUCGUUUUUAGCACAAGUUAUAGGAUUAAGAGUACAUUAUAAGUAUUUUGAACAAGAUGACCCAGACCUUUACCUCUCAAAAAUAAAGUACCUUUUGGAAAACGAUAUUGACCACAUCGAAACAGAACUUUACUUUGUCGAAGAGCAGUAUGAUACUUCUGGUCAGCUGGUUAAAACCGUGGAAUUAAUACCGAACGGUUCGAGAAUUAAAGUCAGGGACUCGACUAAACUACAGUAUUUGGACGCUUUGGCCCAGUACAGGUUGGCCACUAGCAUCAAAGAUGAAAUGGAGGCUUUUCUUAAAGGACUCAACGAGCUGAUUCCUGACAAUUUGCUGAGCAUCUUUGAUGAGAAUGAGCUGGAAUUGUUGCUCUGUGGCACCGGGCAGUACAGCAUCGCGGAUUUCAAGGCGCACCACGUCGUCAACGGCAAUUCUUCGGAAUUUCGACGUAUUGUCGGCUGGUUCUGGGCGGCAGUCGGCAAUUUCACGCAAGAGGAGAUGGCCAGACUGCUGCAGUUCACCACCGGCUGCUCGCAGCUACCACCAGGCGGAUUCAAGGAGCUCACGCCACGCUUUCAAAUCACUGCUGCUCCGACAUUCGGCAAUCUGCCUACUGCGCAUACUUGUUUUAAUCAACUUUGCCUGCCUGACUACGAUUGUUACGAGCAUUUUGAAAAGUCGCUUCUUCUAGCAAUAAGUGAAGGAACAGAAGGAUUUGGAAUGGUUUAACAAACUUUUACAAAAAAUACACAAUAGGUGAUUUAAAUUGUUUCGCUUUUAAAUUUAAAUUAAAUCAUGUAAAAGACAAAAAACGACUGUAGAGAGAAAUUCAGUGAGAUUUAUUUAGGAAUUGACAAAUAAUUUAGUAUUAGGUUUGAUACAGUUGGCAGUUACCUACGUACUUAAGUAAUAAUAACACAUGGUUUAAUAGUUGAUGCUGUUUAGACACAAAUUAUUUUGUAAAGUUUUGCAAGUAACUUAAUAAUAAAUUAUGUAGUACCUAAUAUUAUUAUUUGUAUUUAUAUGAAAACAGUUUAUGUUUUGAUUUAGUCGUUGUAAAUUUAAAAAGUCCCAAACAUGGUUUAGAACCAAAGAUCAAAAAUCAGUUAAUGUUGUAAUUAUAUUUAUUUUACAAUAUAACUUCAUUAUUAUCUAAGGAGCCGUCCUAAAUCUCGUGAUGCUAAAAAUGGUCAAAAUUGACCAAAAUUGACCUCCUCCCCUCUAUAUUUCGUAAGAAAAUGUGAAGAUGUGAAGACUCCCCCUGAAGGUCAUGGGACGAAUUAUCGAACUCCCCUACCACCUAAAAAUAUUUAUUUCGUAUUAAUCUGACUAAAAAUGGAACAGGUCAACAAUUUACUUUGUCACGUGAUGUUUAAAAAACCCUCCCCUCUCGGGCAUGACAAAUCGUUACUGUACUUCAAACCCCCCUCCCUCCAGCGUUACGAGAUUUAUGAACGACCCCUAAUUGAAGACUUUAUAGCUACAUUAUAAUGUAUAUAUAGCUACACACAUAUUUUAAGCAAUAAAAGAUUUUUUUAGACAAUAUAAGUAGCUACAAAUUUUACAAUUGUUGAAUUAAAUACCUAGGUAUAAAUUUAUGUUCUUUAAAAUUAACCUUUUAUUUAUUCAAUGCUUAUGCAUUCCUUAAAGUUCUUAU